AUGCUCUUUUGGUCUCACAUAGCGCUCGUGGCCGAUGGCUUGGUGGCACCGGAAGGCCGCCGCCUCCGCCGCAGCUGGCCGGGUCCGGCCUGUUGCUCCACCACCGUCGCUUUUCUCUCUCGGCACCUCGCAGGGGCUCAUGCGGACUGGCUCAUUGCGCAGAGCACAGCCGAAUGGAUUAGCAAGGUUUACCGGUUUUACACAACAAGCGUCUCACUCAGCGACCAGUGCCCGACCACUGAACAAGUGACAACCAGGGCCCCCGCUGGAACAAGCUCGAACCGGGUCGAGAAACGGCAAAACGCGAAGACCAAGGCCGGGUUGAAGGGCUCAGCCAAGUCAAAGGGAAUAGGGAAAGCAGCCGCGGCAAAGUCGAGAUUACCGCUAGAAGACCGCAAAGAUGACGACGACGAGAGCGAAGAUGGCCACGACAGCGACACGGGCGCGCAUCCGGAGGGAAGCCGGUCAACGGAGGCCCGGCUGAUGGCCUGCCCCUACUACAAGAUGGAUCCCAUACAACACUACCGCUGCGUCGAGAAGCACAAGCUGGACGGCUUCAACCGGCUCAAGCAGCACAUCGAACGGUGCCAUUCCACCACCCUGUACUAUUGCGCCUUGUGCUGGGUGAAGUUCAAGGACGCCGAAGCCCGCGACGGCCACAUGCGCUCGGGAGGGUGUGAACCAAUCGCCGGGCCCGAGGACUUCACGGGGGACGAGAUCAACCGGCUGCAAAACAACCUGCCCCGCGGCUGGCCCGACCAUGACAAAUGGUACUGGGUGUGGGACAACUUCUUCGCGGCACACCCGCGGCCCGAGUCGCCGUACGUCUACGAGGGCAUCCGGGAACCUCUCAGCCUCCUCACCAGCAUCGCCAAGCGUAACGCGAACUCCCAGGAGUUUGGGGACUGGCUGAUGGCUCGGCUCAGAAUGCCGUUCUCCGAGUAUUCGACAUUAUGGGACGACAUCAUCGGCCAGUUGCUCACGUUGUGCCACGAGCACACCCCGCUGUCCAGACAAAGCCCACCACCACCACCCUCCGCCAACGCUCCUCCGACGGCCAUGACACAUGCUGCGUUAUACAGUCAUGGUGGGAGCGGCAGCAUGUCUUUCUUUCCCCGGCCAUAUUCGACGAUCGAGCCGAUACCGCACGAUGGUUGGGCCCAGCCUCUGCAGAUGAACACGCCCUCCGCGUCUCAGGCUGCCCCGGGGCCCGGGAACCCAGGCAGGAAUGGUUCUUCAACGGGCGCAACCCCCGGACAUGACGACUGGAACAUUGCAGCUGGCGGAACGCAAAGCACAGACGAGGCGGCUCCCGAUCCGAUGGAUGAGUUCAUGGACUUUCUUUGA